AUGGAUGAACACCCCGAGAGUGCUCUACACUAUGGGCACGUAGGAAGAGCUAUCUAUCUCGCUGAGACACAAACGUGGACAUUUUCGCGCUCCUUUGCAAGAAAUCUCCCGAUAUCAUACACUGGGAUUACAACAACGAUUGUGCCGGCCCCUGAUCCUGUUUCCCAGACCCAGAACUCGUCCAAACCUAUUCGAACGGCGGAUUCGCAACUCAUUCCCCACGUUCUCCCCGAGCUUGCCUCUCAAUGGUCAUCACUUCGAGAUGACGCCUUUUCGAAAGUUGUUCUAAAUGCAAGCGAUAUUUGUGAUCCACAAGUAUCUUGCCUUCUCGACCUGGGUUAUGCGACGUAUCACGGCGCGGAAGACAAACGAGGUCGAGUACCGAUCGCAAUCGCGGCGUCGGUAACUGGGGAGUGUGGCAAUACGAUCUCAUUCCGAGUAUUGACAGACGAGACGGCAGAGCUACCGUUGGAGGGCACUGCAUUACGUGUACCAUGCAUCGGCAACACAGAGGUUACUGAGUGGUCCAAGCGGGGAGCCCCCAUUCAGCACAUCUGCUUCGCGCGGCCGUUAGAGGAGAAGAGUCUGUGGAUGGCCGCGCGCCUGCAAGAUGCGACCACAAUAUUCCGGCCUCUAUACCAUCGAGACCCAGUGCCCAUGUACAUCCCGGACGAUGACACGGCUGCGUUCUCAGCUCCCCUUCGAAAUUCCCGGCUCGAUGCAAAUCCCGUAGUUGACAUAUCGAAUUCGCACACUGGCGGAUUCCCCCAUGCCGAUGUGACCUUCAACCCAUGGUAUCCGCGGCAGCUCGCUAUAGUUGACACUAGAGGUAAUUGGAGCAUUUGGGACAUAUCCGGUCGACAACGACGACGAAGAGCCACUUGGGCUGCUACGUGUGGAAAGAAAGGCACCUUGUCCCAGAUGGACGAUAAGCCUGAUUCCACUCGCCCACGGCACGAUGGCUGGGCAUCUAUCGAAUGGGUCAUCGAUUUCUCAACCAUUCUAGUCUCUGAUAGACGUUGCCUCAUGCUCUACCGACUAGCGGAGGGUGAGAUUGAAAGCAACGUCGUUGAGCUCAGCAUGACGAAGCAGUCCGAGUGGAUUCUAGAUCUACAACGAAGCACCCAAAAUGUGGCUCACUUUUUUGUGCUUACUACCUCUCGGCUGCUGUGGUUUGAUGCUACCGCUGCACCAUCAAAGGAGUAUGGGUCAAGAACGUCACUUCGCCCCCGCUUGGCCUGGCGUCAUUUCAGAGACUCUGAAGACACCACACUACGGUUGAGUGAUCUGCUGAUCAGUGGAGAAUUGCAUAUGGUUGUCUAUUCCAAGCUUACCGAGCUUGUCCAAGUCUUCCCGUGUCCAUUUCUUGCAGACGAGCCCACGGAGAUGGUUCCUGUGCCGGAUCCUUUCUUGUUAGAUGUGCCAAUGGAAGUCAGUGAGUCCUCGGUCGAGAAAGAAAAGCCUGUUCACUACUCAACCUUGCUGUUUCGUGAAAUCGGCCACACCCUUGCAUCCGUCGGGAAAUCGUAUUACAACCCGGAUAUCAAGCUCACCAAGCUCUUCUGGCUUGAUUCAUCACUUGCCGUUCAUGAGAGCCUUUUCAGGCUACCAGAUGGAAAACCUGAGGCAGAGGAUGAGAUGCAUCUCGAGACUAGCAAGGUUCUGCGUCUGAAGAAGCGACAUCAUGCCCCCAAGAAGAAAACAGAGAUGAAUGAUGAAAACUUUAUCGUGGAUGACUGGGAUGAGACCGUUGCCCCUCCCCUUGCGGCUGUUCACCAAAAGCUCACCAUUGAUUCCGAUCUGGAUCUCCAGUGGACCUUGGACUUGACGUCUAUAUAUGCGUCUGCCGUGGCCAAUCUGGUAGUUGGUAGAAGUCCCGACAGCUCUGUCUCGUUGGGAUCUACCUUUGAUCAGCUCAUCCUCGCUCGGGAGAAUAACCUGACUGACGGCUUAGAGGAGUGGGUCGCAACCGAAACGAUGCUUGAGCUUAAUCUUGGCCGACCCGUGCUGGAGGAUAUUGAUGACACCGCCCAUCAUUUGACGCGUCUAGUCUCAACCAUCAUACCCGAGAGUCCUGAUGACUGGGCUCCGUUUCGAUAUAUGAUCCUGCCGCAGACUUUCUCACAGACCUUCCAUGGAUUGCCACCCACCUCUCCAGGUGGACCUUCAAGCUUGGAUUUUCUGAGCACUUACGAUCAGCUGGUGGAAGGGUGGGUGACCAGCGUCUCACACGACAUCCCUCGGUUCACAUGCGUAACGAAAGAGAGAGUCGUUCGUGGGAUUGCACUUGAUCUACUUCUAUCACGGAUCGUCCGCAUAUCCAACCCGCCAAGUCCCAAAGAUACGCCGCAAAAGAUGGAAACUACGGGCGAGAAUCAAGCUGCGGGGGAGGGGCCAAUGUCCUCACAGAAUCUAAGUCAGAGCUUGCCAUCCUCACAACUGCCUAGCAGUCAGAUAACGAGCGUGGGAGCAACUAGCUCUCAGCGACCAUCAAGCAACUCUUCGAAAGAAACUAUGACCCCAUCCUACAGUGGCCUAUCUGCAUUUACCACGUUCAAACCGCCUCGCCCUAUGGCCCGGAAUGUGGCCAACUUGCUAUCUCACUGGAAACCGGGCGCCGAUCCAGCAGCAUAUGAAUGGCAAAAGACCUCGCAGAUGCUGGAAGAAGAAGAGGCACGACGUACAGGAGGACCGAGUCUACCCCGAAGGAGCCGGUCACGAAGAAGAUCGCAACAGCCAACGGUGCCCGAGGCCACAUCCCUGCCUGGUACUCCCAUUGCACCCUCUAUUCGAACCUGGGGCAGUCAGCCUGCAGACGCACUACCAGCGCUCCCACUGCCGAGCAGUCAACUGACAGUCGACGAAGUACCGAUGACUCAAAUGGAGCGCGGACAAUUCGGAGCACGCGAGACGAAAAAGAGCCAGAAAUCCAAAAAGAAGCGGCGGGCCGCGGGAUUUUAG